AUGGGCUACCAAACCACGACCAACGGCACUACGACGACCAGCUACGGCCAUAUUGCCAUCCGUUACCAGUCAAAUAGCUGCCUUACUGUUGGCAAUUUCUCCGAGCCUCAUUCAUCAUACCUCAUUCGAAGUAGCGAAUGCAGCCAUGAGGACAAUGCUUCACAGUUGGAACAGUAUUGGUCUCUGACGAACGCGAGCCUGUCGGGAUCGCUUAUCUUGGAUUUUGUCGGGGUUUCUGCAGAUGGCUUGACCAUCAAUAACAGCGGAAACCUAUCUUAUGCGAUUUGGUAUCGUUUAAUCGAUGAUCUCCAAAUAGUAUCAGUCGCAUCUGUGAAGGAGCCUGGUGUACAAACACGACAACGGCUUCGAUUUAGUACAACGUUCGACAAUGCGGUGGAGUGGUACAGCUUGUAG